AUGCUUAAACUCAAUAAAUAUGAAUCAACAUCUUGGUUAGCUGGAUAUCAAUGUUGUGUUAUAAUCUAUACCUUCAUUAGCUUUGGAUUAAUUCUGGUAUCAGUUUUUAAUCAAUCCAAACUAAUGGAUUAAGUAAUUUAUAGAUUCAAUUUUAACAGUCACUCUAAUUUUAUACAGAUUGGGAUAACUAACUCAUAGAGGAUAUUCAAAUUAAAUAGAAAUGUGAUAAAGGAUACGUAAAUAUUUUAAAUUUCACAUGGCCAGGAACUGAAAAAGGUUGCGAUUGCACAUAAUCAAAUGGAACUGGUAAUUACAAAUAUAAAAAGUAUAUCAUUAAACAAUAUUCUAGUUAUUAUUAUAUGGAAUGUAGUUAAUUCAUGUUAGCAGAGAACUGUCAUCCAAUAGCUUAAAUGGAGAGUUAAUAAUUUAUGUAUUGGCCUUUUCUAAAAUAAAGUAUAAAUAUAGGUAAAUUAUAGACUCAUUCUUAGAAGGUUAACAAAUCUGUGCAAAAAAGAGUACAUUUACAGCAAUGCAAGCAUAUUCAACUUAUAAAAAUGAAGAGAAUUAUAGAAAAUGUGGAAAUAAUUUGAAUGUGCCUAUAACAGACUUAUGUCCAAUUAGCCAUUUCAAUAUCACUACUGAUAAGAAUGAUAUACCAAUUGGGGAUUCAGGUCUCUUUUAUAAUUUUUAAAGAGUUGAGUCGCAAUAAAUGCCAAUUUCUCAAUUUACAAUUGGAUUUAGUAUAUAAAAAUAGUUAUUUGAAAAUUAGAUUCUAUUUGUUUUUCUAUUGCAGAAAUAUCUAAUUUUUAUUAUCUUGAUAACAUGAUUGAAUAUCAAUGUUAUAUUAAAGAUGAUCGUUUUGAGAGAGUUACAAAUGAUACACCUUAUAAUCAAUUACUUUAAGUAAAUUAAGUUUUGGAUAAAUACAAAACUCUAUUUAAGCAAAACCUGAAUUAAUAAGGAAGUAAUUUUAUUUAAAUUAUGAUUUAAUAGAUGUGAAUAUAUUCUAUAAAUCUUUGACUAAAUUUAGAUUUAAUUCUUCAGAAUUGUGUAAAUUUGAUGAUUUAGACUUUAUAUAUAAUUUGAAUGGUUACAUAAAAGAUUAUAUGAUGGAUAUUUAAUUAGCUGCUUAAGUGAUUAUAGGAAUAUAGGCAGGUGUAUUUGGAUUGUUGAUUCCCUUUAUUUCAGCUAUUUCCUUAAUUGGAUGUAAUUUUAAAUAUAAUUCAUUAAAUCGAAAAGGUUCACAUUACAAAGAUCUUUUUGGAUUUUGGUUGGGAACAAAAAUGAUUGGUGAAAUAUUAUGUACAAUCAUAUUGGCUGUAGAUCUGGGUUAUUAAUAAUCAAUAAUGAAUCACUUUUAAGAUUUUAUCAAUGCAGAUUGUUCAGAUACUCUUACUUUAAAGGAGAUGAACAAUUUUAAUAAUGAAUAUAAAAUUAAGGUAUAUAAUUAUGUACUCUUAAAUUUCAUACUUUGCAUUAUUAUAAAUGUUACAGAUAUUUAUUUAAAUUAUCUGAUGUGUAGAGAUAAACAUAAGAAAGGAAUAAUUACAAUGAAAAAAAACUAAGACCUAAUUUAUCCUAAAAUGUAUACUUCAACUCAUCCAGAUGAGAAUCUUAUUAAAUCUAAAGUUUAAAUAAUGUAGGGUAUUUCACAAUAAGAUCAACAUUAAGCUUAACUUGAAGAAAUCAAAAUACCUGACGAUAAUAUGGAUAUACAUAUACCUGAUGAAUGA